AUGGCAUUGAAAAAAAAGGAUACCUUGUGUGAUGCUGUCACCGACGAUCAAGGUGGUGGGGGGAAACAGCGGCAGGGGUUGCAUGGCUCCUGUACCUGGGGCAGGGCAGGUGGCCGGGCUGCGAGGACUCGGUGGUGCGGGGAUGGUCUGCCAUUUCGGUCUGGGGCGGCAGUGGCGGGCCCGGCUGAGUUCUGUCGGACUGCCUCUCGGAGAAACCUCUUGCGGGCGGCUGAGGACGCAGUCUGGCUCUCAGAGCGGUGGUCAAGGCGGGUCCCGGGACACUGCCCGCAACCAGGGACCGACGGAGAGGGGUCCCCUCCGCCAGUACCAGGCCACACGGGAAUCCCUCCGCACACCGGCAGGGAGGUGUUCUACACGCUAGCGCCCG